UCUGAAUGCACCGUCCGCGAGCAAGAUCGUUUCAUGCCUAUAGCCAACGUGAUCCGAAUCAUGCGAAAAAUCCUACCUCCACAUGCCAAGAUAUCAGACGACGCAAAAGAGACCAUCCAAGAAUGCGUGUCGGAGUUCAUCAGCUUCGUCACGGGGGAAGCUAAUGACCGUUGCCAGCGUGAGCAACGCAAGACUAUCACGGCCGAAGACGUGCUCUGGGCCAUGAGCAAGCUAGGGUUCGAUGACUACAUCGAGCCCCUGACUCUGCACCUGCACCGCUAUCGCGAGUGCGACGGUGGGGAGCGCGGCUCCCUCAGAGGGGAACCACUCAUGCUGAUGAAGCCGCGGGGUGCUAUGAUUGACCCCGUGACUUCAACUAGCAUUGCCAACAACAUGACACCUAUUAAUUAUCCCUUGCCACCUAAUUUCACAAUGGCUCAUCAUCAUCAUCACCAUCAUGGCUACUUUGCUUAUGCACACAUGAGUAAUGACAAUGUUGCUUCAAAUUCUCAAGCUAAUCAUGAUGAGGCAAAUAAUGUUGAAUCAUUUAGAGAGCAUAAGGAGUAA